AUGGAGAAAACAAGAUCAUCCCUUCACUCUCCCACAAAUGGAAGUCUCAUUACUGUUCUUAGUAUUGAUGGAGGUGGAAUAAGAGGGAUUAUCCCAGGAACCAUCCUCAACUUCUUAGAGUCUGAGCUUCAGAAACUGGAUGGUCAGGAUGCAAGGCUAGCAGAUUAUUUUGAUGUGAUUACAGGGACUAGUACAGGUGGCCUUGUGACAGCCAUGCUUACUACCCCAAAUGAAAAUAACCGUCCUUUGUAUGCUGCUAAAGAUAUCAACCCUUUUUAUCUCGAAAACUGCCCUAAAAUCUUCCCCCAAACCAGUUCUCCACUCGUCAAUGUCGAGGAUAAUUUGAAAAGUCUAGGGAGACCAAAAUAUGACGGGAAGUAUUUACAUAAAAUGUUGAAGGAAAAAUUAGGAGACAAACAUUUGCGCGACACAUUAACUAACGUUGUAAUCCCAACUUUUGAUAUAAAGCGGCUGCAACCAGUUAUCUUCUCCAGCUAUCAGUUGAAAAAGAAACCCAGCUUAGAUGCUUUGCUCUCGGAUAUAUGCAUUGGAACUUCAGCAGCCCCAUACUAUCUUCCAACCUAUCAAUUUAAAUCCACAAAUUCAAAUGGUGAAUCAAGAGAAUUCAAUCUCACCGACGGUGGAGUUGCUGCCAAUAACCCGGCCUUGGUUGCUAUGAGCGAAGUGACGAAACAAAUCCACAAGGGCAACCCCGACUUCCUGCCUAUGGGUGAAAAUGAACAGUUGUAUGGGCGGUUCCUAGUCAUAUCACUAGGGACGGGUACAACGUCUGAGGAGAAGUACGACGCCAAGGAAGCGGCUGAGUGGGGUGCUUUUGGGUGGCUUAUCGGAUCCGAUUUUUCGACUCCAUUGGUGGAUAUAUUUACCCACGCAGGUAGUGACAUGGUUGAUUUCCACCUUGCUACCAUUUUUCAAGCCCUUCAGUCUCAUGACAAUUACCUUCGAAUUCAGGAUGAUACGCUAAGUGGAACAUUGGCUUCUGCGGAUAUUGCCACAGAACAAAACUUGAAUGAUUUGGUAAAAGUUGGAGAGGCAUUGUUGAAGAAACCGGUUUCGAGAGUGAACUUUGAUACCGAUAAAACCAAGCCUGUUCGUCCUGAGGUUACAAAUGCAGAGGCUCUUGUGAGGAUAGCGAGCGUUCUCUCUAAGGAGAGGGCUCAGAGGAGCAAGGUCGUUCAUGAAAGGACAUGA